UGACGUUAAAUCCGCGCGACCGCUUCAAAGAUAGGCGUGUGCGGAUUGUGGAGGCCGGCGGUGCUGUCAACUCCGCUACCCGCUUGUGAAGUGCCGGAGUGGCUUAGGAUGUGCCUGAUUUAAGUAUCCCGCGCCGCCUGACGGGCCUCGGAGGUGCGCUUCCCGCUUCAACACAUAGCAAAGGGCUUCUUUUCACUUUUGCCUCACUGACACCCCUUGCAGCCCGUCGUCUGGAGUGGUACCCACUGAGAAGUGCCAGGGGGACUCCAGCAAGCCUCUCCCACGAUGUCUUCCUCUUCCACUACCUCCUCCUCUCCCACAGCCCCUGCUGGGAUGUCGCAAUUCUGCCAGCAAGCCUGGGGGCAGGUGUUUGCCAAGGCGAAGCGGGCUGUUGUGUUCAUGGACCCUGCUUGUGCCGAAAGCCUUCACUGGGCGUGCGGAGGAGCCGGGAGGUUGCUGCAGGCCGGGGCGAUCAACGUCAAGGAGUUUUCCAGCUUUGAAUCUGGAGGUGCGGACCAGCCCAAAGCUGUCUUUGUGGUGGGCAGCUUGCUGAAAGGCAGGACGGUGGACAUCAUCCGGGACAUUGUCACUCUCAGCAACUUCCAGUACUGCGUGGUUUUCACAGCUGUCAGCCAUGCGGUGCACUUGCAGGCCCACAACGCUCCCGGCACUACUGAGGUUGAAGGUGUCGGCCGGGUGGUCUUUGAACAGUUUGAAGAGAAGCUCUGCCAGUGGAUGGGAAACAUGAACUACACUGCAGAGGUUCAACAUGCCCCUUUGUUCUUGGCACCCAUCUCGCCUCAUCUCUUUGUAGCACCUGCCUUCUCCUUGUUUUUCCCCUUGUUGGCUGAGGAUUUGACUCAGAUCAAUAAAGCUAGACCGGAGAAGAAGAAAAUUUCCCACUUGAGUGAUGUUGAUUUUUCAUUUCUGUCUUCAGAGUUGCAGCUUCAGAUCAGGUCCUUGGUUUCUGAUUUCAACAGCUUGUUUGAGUACCUCAGUGUGCGGGAGGAAUGUUUUGCUGUUGGGACAAUAAGUAAGAUAAUUGCAGGGGAUCUGGCAAAUUAUGCCCAGGCUAAGACCAGAAGGAAAACUGCACAACACAGAGCUUCUGUCAUCUUUGUGGACAGGACAUUAGAUUUGACAGGAGCAGUUGGUCAUCAUGGUGACAACCUAGCGGAGAAGAUACUCUCUUCUCUUCCCAAACUUCCAGGUCAUACAAAUGACGUGAUGAUCAACAUGGUAGAACUCACAAACCUGCAGAGUGAUGAUGCAAGCUGCAGUAUUGUAGCACCAGGCUGCUUGGCACAACCAAAUGAUCCAGCUGCUAAGUCUCUGUGGGAGUCCUUGAUGAAUUCCAAGCAGAAAGAAGCUGUGAUGGAAGUCAGGAGACACCUAGUGGAAGCUGCAAGCAGGGAAAAUUUGCCAAUCAAGAUGAGCAUGGGUAAGUAAGCCUUGGAGCGCGCC